AUGGAAAAGAAGCGUAAAUUAAAUGUUCUUUCAAUUUCGGACAAAGUUCGUUUAACACAGUUAGUUGAAAAAGGUGACCGUAAAAAAUGUGAAAUCGCCAAAGAAUUCAAUAUUCCACCAAAUACAUUAUCGUCAAUUAUUAAACAGAAAGAGAAAAUAAUGAAGUUCAAUUAUGGAAAUAUGAAAAAAAUGAGGAUGACUCCUUAUUUAGACAUUGAUAAAUGUUUGCUAAAAUGGUUUACUCAGUGUCGAGAUAAAAACAUACCAUUAAAUGGAACAAUUUUACUUGAAAAAGCAAACGAAUAUGCACAACAACUAGGACACACUAAUUUUAAAGCUAGUAGUGGAUGGCUUACAAAUUGGAAAAAAAGACACGAUGUAGUUUUUCGAACUGUUUGUGGAGAAAAAGCUUCAAUAGACAGACAUUGUUGUUCAAAUUGGAUUAAAAAUCUUCCUGAUGUCUUAACAGGUUAUUCUACUAAUGAUAUUUUUAAUGUCGAUGAAACGGGCUUAUUUUUCAAAUGCUUACCAGAUAAAACAUUAAUGUUAAAAGGUAAAGAAUGUUCGGGUGGAAAAUACAGUAAAGAGCGCAUUACAAUUAUGAUAGGAUCAAAUAUGUCUGGAACUGAAAAACCAAAAUUAUUUGUCAUUGGUAAAGCAAAGAAGCCUAGGUGUUUUAAAGGAAUUAAAUCUCUACCAGUUGACUAUAGGUCAAAUAAAAAGGCUUGGAUAACUUCGUCAUUAUUUAGUGAGUGGCUUUUAAAUUUUGAUAGAAAAAUGAAACUAGAAAAUCGAAAAGUUCUACUAUUCAUAGAUAAUUGUACAGCUCAUAAUCACGAUAUUGAAUUAAGUUCCAUUAAAGUACAUUUUUUACCACCUAAUACAACAUCUAUACUUCAGCCCAUGGACCAAGGCGUUAUACAGAAUUUCAAAAUGUUUUAUAGAAAAGAAAUAAUCAGACA